AACCUCAAAGAUAACCCACCGAACUCAAUUCAAUUAAUUUAUUGAAAAUGUUUAAAAAAUUUGAUGAAAAGGAAGGGGUUUCCGGUAUACUACAGUUAAAAUCGUCUGUUCAAAAAGGUAUUCGGGGUAAACUUUUAGAUCAAUUUCCUCAUUUAGAGGGUUAUAUCGAUGCUGUCAUCCCUAAAAAGGAUAAUUUACGUAUUGUAAAAUGUCAUGAUCAUAUUGAGAUUAUUGUGAACACUGCCGGUGAUUUGCUGUUUUUUAGACAACGAGAAGGACAGUGGAUGCCCACUUUAAGACUUUUGCACAAAUAUCCGUUUUUCUUGCCAAUGCAACAAGUUGAUAAAGGCGCAAUUAGAUUCGUUUUAAGUGGUGCUAAUAUUAUGUGUCCUGGAUUAACAUCUCCUGGUGCCAAAAUGACUGAAGUUCCUAAAGGAACUGUGGUGGCUAUUAUGGCUGAAGGAAAACAACAUGCUCUAGCUAUUGGAAUUACAACUCUAUCAACUGAAGAAAUAGGUAAAAUUAAUAAAGGUGUUGGAGUUGAAAAUUGUCAUUAUUUAAACGAUGGUUUAUGGCAAAUGAAACCUGUUAAAUAAGGCGGUGUUUUUGUAAUUUAUGGUUUAUUUCAUGUAUGAUGCUUUUUAUAAUAAUAUCGAGUAAUUAUAAUUA